AGAGGUCGUUGAUUUACAAACACUUCAGCCCAAGGAGCGGUAAAUCGCUGGUGCUGCUAUUUCGCCUCUGAUCGAGUUAGUUUCCGGUGCCUUUUACGAAACUUACUACGUUUUUAUAUCCGCAGGGAAAAGGAGCUACGUACAGUAAUCAAGGGCCUUAUUAAGAUUUUCUCCGGUGGCUAUUGUCAGCUUCGGUACCUAGUGUUUGAAUUCCAGGCUUGAAGGCAAGUGCAGCAGUUCCAACAUCAAUCUGACUUCCCUAUUCAAACAACAUAUCAGAUAAAGGAGGAUUUUUUUGAAAGACGGACUCUCCUGUUCGGCACACCUGCAUCUCACCUAUGUACCCAUCAGAUAUCAGAUGAGUUAUCAGACAGGACAGUCAGUUACAUGACGUGAGAAUGGCUUGGUGAACCCUGGAAUUUGGGGGUCAAAUCAGAACAGCUGCUACCAUGACAACGCAGGUGUUUUCAAUCUUACUGUUCAGAAGAAGUUCAAUAACGCAACUAUGUCCUCAAUUGGACACGACGCGAUCAGGAAGGAGCAUAUAAGACUGGUGGAGAAUGUAGACACAAGGUAUAUCGCUGAUUACCUCUAUCAGAAUGAUUUCCUCACUCCGGAAAAUUUGGAGUUUUUAACAGAUGAAAGUAGGACACAACGAGACAGAUGCCGUCAUCUGUUAAUGACAUUAUGUAAAAGGCAGUAUGCCUUAUCACAAUUACUUAACGCGCUUAUACAUGACAGCAGUUACCCAUAUUUAUGUACUGAGCUACUUAUCACGCUAGGAGAGGUGGUCGCAUCACCUUGCAAAAAACAAAGACGUUUAAGUAUAACAAGUAAAGAUCAGGAAGAUUUUACCUUCCUAGGGAUCUGCAACCCGUCAAGAGAAAUCAAACGAACAAUCUUUACGAAGGAACAUUUUCACGCCACAAAACUGUAUUGCAAACUGCGUCGAUCACUCAAUCAAGGGAAACACUUGCUGUACGAAUUUGACGAUGAGCUGAAUACAUACCAACAGUUAUGGGAACAGAAUCAAAAAGACGUCUUUAGAAGACGCUGGGUAGCCAACAGAUAUGUUGAAAUUAAAGUUCUUCAAAUGAGGAAAUUAUCGGAAAGUGGCGCCGAUGACAAUACCAUUCAAAAUCUAUUCAGUGAUAUCGCUAAACUGGUGCCCUACACGUCUCAUCCAUGCGCUUCGAUCACAUCAUUGCUGACAAUAUUCGCACAUGCGCUUUUGACCGCUAGAAAACCUGGUGAGGAAGUCUUAAGUGUUCUAAACGAGGCGAAAAGUAACUUUCCGUUCCUUCCGGGCUGCCGUGAAACAUCGUUAGUUCUUAUUACAGAGUUUAAGGUUUAUUGGCAAAUAUACGAAAAAAAUUCCGACAAAGUUACAAAAAAGGAGCUUUUACAGAAAGCGGCAGCCGCUGCGAUGCACUUUGCAGUUGACGAGGAGCUGAACGAGGAUUUAGUAUAUAAACUAUACCUCAAUAGAGGGUUACAGUUUCUGCAGACACUGGCUAACCUCGGUCUCGGCUACACUCUGAGGAAUAUUCGACAUGAUUGUGUUUCCAAAGAAAACGUGGAUUUCGCGAAGUCGUUUCUGAAAACCGUUGACACCGAAGAAGGUUGGCAGCAGAUGGAGGUCCGUUGGCGUAUGUCAUUUAAUAUGGCAAACUCAAAAAUCUGUUUUGUUCAAGGAGAUGUCGCAAAAGCAUUGAAAUUAGCCAACAGUGCAUUAGAGUUGUCAAAUGGUAUUCAUUUUAAGGAGGAACAUGAGAAUAUUCAGGAAUUUAUUCGUUUUAUAUCGGUAGACGGAGUGAAGGAACAAUUCUCACAGCAGAACAAUCGGACAGAAGUCUCAAACGAGAACAAUGACCAACAUACGUCCACAACAAACCUCAGUGAUGGACCCAAAUUUCAACAGCCACCGGAAGUACUGGAUAUCCAUAACAAAUCCCCGGAUGAAGAAAAACGCAUGAAAGAGAAUAAACGGAACGAAAGUAUGCGUGACGAUUCCAGUAAACAUAGUGCAAAAAGUGUAGGAACACCUUCAGAUGUGAAUGAGUCGGCGAUAUCUUGUAAAGAAUGGUAUUCUUCACGGAUGUUACAAUCUAUUGGCAUACUGAUUAUUUGCACAAUGUUGCAGUACAUAUAUUCUUUACUGUGAAUAAGACAUUUUAACUAAAAUAUUGUGUUGUGAGUGUUUAGCGAAAUGAUAUACUAUAAAACAGAUAGGGGAUAAAAUACACGUAAAACUGUGUUUGGAAUUAGUUACAUGUUCUGUGCUUUACAAGUAGAAGUUUUGGUUCUCACUAAUGCUCUCUGCACCCCUGAAAUAUGUAAAUACAAACCCAAGGGAAGGAGGCCAGCUAUUUGAUUGGUUCCAGAUCAAAAACUAACUGACCAAUCGCUCCUCUGUGAUCCCUGUCCCUUAAAGAUCACAGAGGAGCGAUACCCGACUUACAAAUCCAGUCAUUUACACCUUGACGUUUCCUCGCAAUUUUCCAUGUACAUAAAAAGAUUAAACUAUUCUACUUUGACAGCCACAAGGUGGCGCAUUAAAUGCCUUCGUUUUGAUAUAUCCCAGGGGGCGCUAAAAAUGUUAGUGAACGUAACCUCUUGUAUUCUGUUAUUGUGAUGUUCGUUGUUUUUAUUCCACUUUUUUUUUGUAAUUGUUUUAUUUUUCUAAAUAAAUCAUCAGCAUUAAAGCAAUCAACACCAUCAUACUUCUUGGGAGUCAUGAACCAAACAAAUUAACAGUGACGAUGAAUUUUUCUUGUAAAGAUAUUAAUGUAACUAGCUAAGCGUGUCUUAAGGUAAGGGUAUCUUUAAAAUAAGUUGCAUUUUUUAAAUGAUAACAUGGCCGAUAGUAUAACUGUCAUAUACUCUAUACAACUUUUUUCACGGUUGCCUCUUUGAUAUUAACUAAGGUAAAGUAGAGUAUCAAGAUGACUGGGUACAUGUAUGUAGUUUUUUUUUUGCUAGAAACAUUCACUGACUUGAAUCAUUCGCAGAUUCCAUAUACCGUGAAAAUAUCAAAAUAACACUUCCGCGAAAUUGACCCAUAAUGCAAUGUAUGAAAAAAAUACUAAGAUAUUUAUUUUUAUGGUUUUUGUUUAUUUUUGUUAUUCACUAGUUUGUUUCUCACAAAUUCGUAAGUACCAUCAGCAUUAAAGUUAUGAGGGAAUUUGCUCUUGUACGUGCUCUCUGAGUAUCAUUGUGAUAACCACAUUGUGGAUAUAGUCCUUCCUAAGUUGAUUUUACCUUUUUUCAUGUAGUAUCUUUCUCUCCAUUCUAAACCAAAGACAUUUUACGGUGUUCAUAAAAAUAUUAUUUUCAAAGAUGUGCAUUUCGAUAAAGGAUAUCAACAGGUUAAACUAAAUUAUUUCAGUUGUCAAUAUUGUGAAAUAUCUAAAUAAAUCCUUUUCAAACGAAGUAUAAAAUCAAAAAAGAAAUGAUGCAAUGAUAUUUUACAAAACAAUAGUCGUUCGAAAUUUGAAUAUUUGAAAGAAAGAAAGAAAAAUGAAAAGAGAAACACCGCAACGAUAAAACAGGAAACAUUACAAAGCUAACGCUUCAUCGAUGUUGCUAUCGUGUAAUUGUAGAAGCACAGUAUCGAAAUGAGUGUCAAUUCAUCGGCCGUAAAGCUUAUGAAAACAAUAGCAGGGGGAAAUAACUCUAAGGCAAAAAAUAUGAUUGUUUCAUCUUCUAUAUAGAAGGGCGAAUACUCUAAGUAAUAAUUAACUAUGAGGGGAACUUUUUUUCCUGAUUACAACCAAGACGGUGGUAGCCUUAACCGUAAUAAGUCACAGAAAUUGUCUCCCACGAAUGAAUGUCAGUUACCCUAAUCCAGCAAAAUAUGGUUGUUUCAUCUUCUAAUUAGAAGAGAGAGAUGACUCUGAGUAAAAACUAAACUUACUUAGUCACAAAAAAAAUGCAUUUUCUUUUCGCUGCCGACUGACAAACUUUGAUAAAUUUCAUACAUGUCACCGACGUAGGUAUAACGGCAUAUAACUGUACAAGUGUAGGAAUAUAGUGGAAUGUAUAUCCUGUUGAGAGAUACUUAGUAUCCAUGUGUGAUAUGAUCUGUACUUCCUUUAGAUUUUGCUUUUUCACAUUUUUGAUGAAUUCACCCGAUUGACAAUAGUAUUCAUGUUUAUCACAUUUAUCGUAAGAUGGAAGCCUAAGAACAAACAUGGAUACAAGUUUAAUGUGUGGUUGUGAGAGAGGAAAUGUUGACUCGCCAUUAAUAUGCAACAGCAUAAAAGAAAUGAUAUUCUGAUCCUUGAUUUUAUUUAAAGUAAACCUCACUUACAUCUAUCUACAUGACUAUUAGAUAUACUCAAAACAUAAACAUAAAAUGUACUUUGAUAUAUUAGAACAACAGAAGAAUUUCUUUUAUAAUUGUUAUUAUUCUCAAUGUUCCGAUUUUCGUUUAUAAAAAAAUGACACAUGAGCCCAUAUUGACAAAAUCCACGUAUACUUUCCUUCCAGAGUCUAUAACACAAUUAUAUAUUUCAGAAUAGGAUAAGAUUUAAAAUAUUUACACAAACGGUUUGCUCGUCGUAACCAGUUGUUGCAUCCUCGAAAAUCCAGGGGUUACGCUGACUUACGAUGUAAGUGAAUUCGAGUGAAUGUAAGUGAAUGUAAGUGAAUGUCAAUGAGUGUAAGUGAGUGCAAGGGAUUGUAAGUGAGUGUAAGCGUAAGUGAACGUAAACGAGUGUAAGGGAAUGUAAGUGAAUGUGAGUGAAAGUGAGUGAGUGAAUGUAAGUGAAUGAACGUGAAGGUAAGUGAAAGUAAUUGAGUGUAAAUGAAUGUAAGUGAAUGUAAAUGAGUGUAAAUGAAUGUUAGUGAGUGUAAGUUAAUGUAAGUUGAUGUGUGUAAGUGAGUGUAAACGAGUGAAUGUAAGUGAGUGUAAGUGAGUGUAAAUGAGUGAAUGUAAGUGAAAGUAAGUGAGUGUAAGUGAAUGAAAGUGAAUGUAAAUGAGUGUAAGUGUUAGUGAAUGUAACCCCUGACUUUUAUGGUAUCUUUAAAAUAACGUUGUGGUGUUUAGAGAUAUCAGAUUUAUAUACUCUUGUAUUAAUUCAAUACGCAUUGCCAGUGUGAAAUAAGUGCUUAUAUUGCCAUGUAUCUAGCUGUUAUUUUUAAUGUAUACUGACAUAAACAUAUCACUGCUAAUGAAUGUCCGUUUAACAUCAAAAAUGUACAAAUUUUGUAAUAUUAUAUUUGGAGCAACAAUCUCGAAUGAAAUACUCAACUCAAAAUGUCAACGCACUGAAUAUAUUUCUUGUAUUUGUGUUGUGCAAAAAGUGGCUGAAAUUCAUGUAAGGUAUAGAAACAAUGAUCUGAACUUAUAUCUGGUAUUUGUGUAUUGCGCGAUUAACUGCCCUGAGAUUAUGUUAUUUGUCACAACUAUAAUAAUCAUAUGAAUAUGUAUAUCUGUGGCAUAAUAAACAGCAAAGUAUUUUCAUUUUUUUUCCAUAUGGUGUCAUUGAUCUGAAUAUAUAUAUAUGUUUAGAAAUGUGUGUAUUGAACUCUUAACUGAAAUUCAUGUAAGAAAAACUAACAUUGAUCGAAAUAUUGUUAUUGCACAAUAAGGUGAAAUUCAUGUCAGAUAUUUUUAUACUAUAAUGAUCUACAUAUAUUUCAACUCUUUAAUUAUUGCAUAAUAAGCUGAAAUAUGAUGGCAUUAUUAUGUGAUGUUGUUUACCCAUUUUCAUUGUAUUUUUUAAGUUCACAUGAUACUUAUUUUCUGUAAGAAUAUUUUUUAUCAAAUAACUUCGACAAAUAAAAUUCUUCGUGAACACAA